AUGGAAGUCAGGAAUGUCACUGAGUUUGUGCUGCUGGGACUCAGCAGCAACCCUCGGGCCCGGGUGCUGCUCUUUGUGCUGUUCUUGAUGAUUUACGUCUUGACCCUCUUGGGGAACCUGCUGAUGCUGGCAGUGAUCAGCUCUGACGCCCACCUUCGCGCCCCCAUGUACUUCUUCCUGAGACACCUCUCCUUCAUGGAUGCCUUCUAUUCCUCGGUCAUUGUGCCCAGGUUGCUGAGGAGCCUUAUUUCUGAGUGGAAGACUAUAUCCUCCCUUGGGUGUCUCAUUCAGAUCGCCCUGGUCAUAUUUUCUGGGGCCACUGAAGCCUGCCUCCUUUCUGCCAUGGCCUACGACCGGUUCCAGGCUGUGUGCCAUCCGCUGCUGUAUGGGGUCACUAUGAGUGGAAAAGUGUGUUCUGGGAUGGUGGCUCUGUCCUGGGCCAUGGGAAUGAGCGUCAGCCUGACCAACACCCUCCUGCUGGCUCAGGAGCACUUCUGUGGACCAAACCUCAUCCGCAGCUUUGCCUGUGAGCUUCCUCCCGUGCUCUCCUUGGUCUGCUCUGACCCCCGCGCUACUGUCGCCUCCAUCCUCACCACCUUGGUGGUCUUGGGUCUCGGGACUCUUGUCCUCCUGCUGGGAUCCUACAGCCGCAUCAUCACAGCAGCCCUGAGGAUCAACUCGGCCACAGGUCGGACCAAGAUCUUCUCCACAUGCUCUUCUCAUUUCCUUGUAGUCACCAUCUUUUAUGGCUCAGGAGUAUUCAGGUACAUGACGCCAGCAUCCGGCUCAGCCCUAGAGCAAGUGUUAUCUCUGCAGUACAGUGUGGUGACCCCACUGCUGAACCCCCUCAUCUACAGCCUGAAGAACAAGGAGGUGAAGGUGGCUCUGAGGAGGAUGCUGACCCGCAAGUCCAGACGGACCCUGUAG